CUCAUUUCGCUGCAUGUUACUCUGCUCUGCUCUUUGGCUCCUUCCUCCUGCUGCCGCUGGCCGCUCUCCAAAACCACCACCCUCCUCCCGCAAUCAUCCGCAGCUUCGCAGCACCUUCUUUCUCCUCCCUCUCUCCCUCCCUCCCUCAGCCACACCACGAGCCUCCACUGGAUUGGAUGUGAAUGGAAGGUCGGAGGAUACUGGAAUGUAGGGCCGGGUAAAGAGAGGGAGCAAGAAACGCCAGCAGACAGCCCCGCGCGCGCCGGAAAGCUCGAUCUGAUCCGAUCUGAUUCGGACUGAUUUCUCGCCCGCCCGCCGCCGCGGGGCGAAGAAAAGAGCAGAAAUGAAGAGCCUGCAGUGCUUCAAGCAGGGCGGGGAUGGCGCGGGGAGGCGGCUGGAGCGGCGGCUGUCGCUGGGGGACUACAAGAAGGCGGUGUCGUGGUCCAAGUACCUGGUGGCGCCGCCGGGCGCCAAGAUCCGGGGCGGCGGCGAGGAGCUCUGGAGCGCCGACCUCUCCAAGCUCCAGAUCCGGGCGCGCUUCGCCUCCGGCCGCCACAGCCGCGUCUACUCCGGCCGCUACGCCGGCCGCGAGGUCGCCAUCAAGAUGGUCAGCCAGCCCGAGGAGGACGCCGCGCUCGCCGCCGAGCUCGAGCGCCAGUUCGCCUCCGAGGUCGCGCUCCUCCUCCGCCUCCGCCACCACAACAUCCUCUCCUUCGUCGCAGCAUGCAAGAAACCACCAGUAUUCUGUAUCAUCACUGAGUACAUGGCAGGGGGUUCCCUUAGGAAGUAUCUACACCAGCAAGAGCCUCAUUCAGUCCCCAUCGAACUAGUUCUGAAACUAGCUCUAGACAUUGCCCGUGGGAUGAGCUACCUGCACUCACAGGGGAUACUUCAUAGAGACCUGAAGUCCGAAAACGUGCUUCUGGGGGAGGAUAUGUCGGUCAAAGUGGCGGAUUUCGGGAUCUCAUGUCUGGAGUCGCAGUGCGGAAGCGGCAAGGGGUUUACGGGCACCUAUCGGUGGAUGGCUCCUGAAAUGAUCAAGGAGAAAACCCACACUAGAAAAGUCGAUGUGUACAGCUUUGGAAUCGUCUUGUGGGAGAUUUUAACUGCUUUGGUUCCAUUCAGCGAGAUGACACCUGAACAGGCCGCUAUAGCUGUCGCCCUCAAGAAUGCGAGGCCACCGUUGCCUGCUUCGUGCCCUGUGGCCAUGAGCCAUCUGAUAUCUCAGUGCUGGGCGACAAACCCAGAAAGAAGGCCUCAGUUUGACGAUAUCGUCACGGUCCUCGAGGGCUACAAGGAAGCGCUUGACAAUGACCCAUCCUUCUUCCUGUCAUACAUACCGCCUCCGACGCACCACCAGCAUCAGCAUCAGCAGAGCCUACUACGGUGCUUCCCUCGGGUCAAAUCAAUGCGCCGGUCCGCGUCUCUCAAAGCGUGAUGUAUGCGGGCGGUGCUCCUCCUUCAUCCUCGCCAUGUAUAAUAUGCACCUUUCUCUGAGUUUCUUCCUCUCUAUGUGCCGGCCCUCUAUUAUUGCGGCAUCUAGGCUCGCUCCAAUUUCGUUUUUUCUUUCUUCUUGGUUAUUAUGAUUGCCAUCAUUGAUGAUGCCAUCGAAGCCGGCCGUGCGUUUCUAUCUAGAUAUGACAAAGCAGUUCUCCCUGCAGAUUAUCUAUCGGCUGCCGUUUACUUGUGACCGAGUGAUGGAACCAUGAACUAGCUAGCUUUUGUAAUUGUAAUUAUAACUGAGCUCUUCAUGAAUCGUGUUCCUACUCUUUUAUCUGCUUCAGCAAGAAUUACCAUUAUCUUAGCCUUA